CGUGGGUCUGUUUCUUUUGUUUUGUUUUCCUGAAAUUGAUUCUUCAUCUCUUGGCUUCUUCUUCUUCUUUCCUUUUCUUGAAUUCUCAAGUAAACAAAUACAAAACCCUAAAAAAAUGAUGUUCACAGCAUCGGUUUAUUCUACUACUAGUAAUAGAAACUCGACUUCUUUGUCUGAAGAAGCUGCACGAAGCACUGUUUCUUCAGCUGUUACAAGUAAGGCUCAUCAUGAAUUCUCUCCAUCAAUGACACUUUCUUCAAUUUCAAAUCAUGUUGAUCAAGAACAUGACCAUCUCUACCGUAAUCAUCAGAAGAUCAAGAAAAAGAGGAACCUUCCAGGAAACCCAGACCCAGAUGCGGAAGUGAUAGCAUUAUCACCGAAAACACUGAUGGCAACAAACAGAUUUGUGUGUGAGAUCUGCAACAAAGGGUUUCAGAGAGAUCAGAACUUGCAACUUCACAGAAGAGGUCACAAUUUGCCAUGGAAACUGAAGCAAAGAAAUAACAAAGAUGAGAUCAAGAAAAGGGCUUAUGUGUGCCCUGAACCUAGUUGUGUGCACCACCACCCUUCUAGGGCUCUUGGGGAUCUCACUGGAAUUAAGAAACACUUUUGCAGAAAACAUGGUGAAAAGAAGUGGAAAUGUGAUAAGUGUUCUAAGAUAUAUGCUGUUCAAUCUGAUUGGAAAGCUCAUUCUAAGACUUGUGGCACUAGAGAGUAUAGAUGUGACUGUGGUACCCUCUUCUCCAGGAAAGACAGCUUCAUUACCCACAGAGCCUUCUGUGAUGCCUUGGCUGAAGAAACUGCCAGACUCUCAGCAGCAGCAGCAGCGGCUGCAGUAUCAAUAACUAACAACCACCACCCUUCAACUAUCAAUAAUGUUAUAAACACCCCCUUCAACAUUCAACAGAAUUCACAAAACACCCCAUCAAAUCUUUUCCCUUUCAAUCCCACCCUAAACCCUACUUGGAUUGUCCCCAACCAAAACGGUAACCCGGUUCGAAUCAAACCCGAAUUUAUAAACCACCACCGCCACCAGCUACUUCCGGUAAUUUCAUCGCCAUUUUACCAAGAACUCAAUAAGGAAAUUAUGAUAACUUCACCACCGCCGCCGUCCCCCACGAUGCACAGCAUCCACGUCAGCACCAGCCCUGAUCAUCUGCCGGCGCCGCACCUCUCCGCCACCGCGCUCCUCCAAAAGGCGGCGACGGUGGGUGUGGUGGGGGAUCAUGUGGGGUCGACGAUGAGUAAGUUGGAUAUGGGGGAGUUGGUUCAGGUGACAACUGCUGCCGUGAUCUCGCCGGAGUACCACCAACAUAUGGGUCUCGUGUCUGGGAAUAUCGCCACGUGGCAGAAAACGGACCGUUUGACUAGGGAUUUUCUUGGGUUGACCGGUGAUCAAGAGAAUGACGACCAUGGCGGUGGGGUUGAGGCUAACGUGAACGUGGGAAACAUGUUAACGUACACGGGGGGUAUAGAGAUCCCAGACCAUGGGUUCGGUUUUUCCGAGCCUACAACUGCCUCGGAAGCAUGGGGCAACUGUUAGAGCUGAAAGUACAAGUGAUCAAGCAUGGUUUUUGGCAACAAAGGGUAGAAUGGUAAUAUACCAAACGAAGUUGAAAUGACAGAUAUAACCCUCAGGCCCUCAAGAACGAAAUGAUUAUCUUUGAACAAGAGGACACUCUCGCUCUUUCCAAAUUUCCACAUAUCUUUCAUGCUCAUUAUUUGCUUUUUGUCGGGAAAUUUCUUG